AUCUUGGAAAUGAAUAACAGGUCGAGAGAUUUAGUGUUUAGAGAAUUUGGUAUGAACUUAUAUUCUUUAUAGGAAUGCUUUUGUCAUGACUUGCUAUGAGGCUCCUUUUUCUGACAGUUGUUGUUUUUUUGUCCACAGGGUGCUGAAGCGCUCAUGGCUGUCGCAUAUGGUGCUCUCGCCCAGCAGGGCCUGCUUUCCCAGCAGUACCCCCCACCCCUGCUGCCAAAGCCUGGAAAGGACAACGUUCGGCUUCAGAAGCUCCUCAAGAGAUCUGCCAAGAAAAAGUCCUCCACUCAGGCAUUGCAGCCUGCUGCGCUUUUCCGCUCCAACCUGUCGCCCGUGAACGAAGCGAGCCCUGACCUCGAGCACAGCGACCACUCCACUCCGCCCAAGACUCCAGAGGCAUCGUUCAGCCUCUACGGCGUCCAGCAGCCUCCACGGUUCACCGUCAGGCCGCUGUAUCAACACGUGGCGUCCCCUUACCCGCAGCGUGCAGCGAGGUUCUCGCCUCAGACGGUGGCGUUCCCGUCGUACUCUUACUCGCAGCAUGUUACCACGGUUUCCUCAUAUUCUGCAUCGACCCACCUUCCUGGAAAUGCACCAGCUCCGGGGCCAGUUGCAGAGUUGGCGGUGCCCAAAAUAUCUCUGCCAGCCUCUUUUGUUCCUGAGGCAACAGUACCAGCUGCUGAAGUGAAGAAGCCAGCUUUUAGCACGUUUGAUGAAACUCAUGCUGAUGUGAGAGCUGCUGCAGCUGGAGAAACCCCAAAGACAAAAAGUCCAGGUCUGACUCCUUAUUCAGCAACAGCUGUGAUUCGUCCGCUCACUGUGUUGACCCUGCACGGCAGAUCUAAAAGUCCACGUCCAACGUUCAAAGCAACCGAACAUUCGAGAGCGCCCAAACCGAUGUUUGAUGUCCCUAAAAUUAGGAUGUACACAGCGAGCACAUCGUACUACGAGUCGUGCAGGACCCCACCAGUGUACGACACAGUUGGAUUAACCGCUAUUGGCAGCACAGUACCUCAAAGUAAAACUCCAACAGAAAUAAAACUAGAUUUGACUCCAGUAUCUGAGGUCAGAAGAGGUACGACGCCGACGACUCAGCUUCCUGUACUGGGUACGGAUCCCCAGAGGAAAACUCCAACUUCAGAAUCUAAAAAAGGCACUACACCAACAGCGGAGAUUAAUACAAUCAUAACUCCUACACCUGAAAUCAAAAUAGCAACCCCAACAUCUGAAAUCAAAAGAGCAACCCCAACAUCUGAAAUCAAAAGAGCAACCCCAACAUCUGAAAUCAAAAGAGCAACCCCAACAUCUGAAAUCAAAAGAGUUAAUCCAUCAGCUGAAAUCAGAGUUAAAACACCAACUUUUGAGUUUCAAACAUUAAGAACUUCAGCAGGACGCCCUCGAACCCCGGCAUUCCACACGACUCGGGCUACAACGCCUGUCUUUGAAGUCUCACGGCCCAAUCCUCUCUUGUUUGCAGUGUCACCAAUCACAGUAGAACCAGAGAGGUCAAGAACGCCCAAAACUGUUCCUACUAUUGGCAGUUUGUCUGCUUCCCAAAGUGUCCAGACUAUUGAGCCUAAGCCGACUGAAACGAUACUGAAUGGAGACAUUCAUUUGGACAAAACUCCUGCUGCAAAACCAAUCCAACAAAGUAUUACAAAGUCCAAAUCAGAGCCUGAUCUGACAAGAGGAACCGCUCCAGCUGGCUCUCAAAUACCCAAAACUCCAACAUCUGAGAUGAAAACAGCGGCAGUGACUUCUUACAAUCAAAGGCCUAAGACUCCAACAUACGAAGCAUCUCGACUUAUGACUACGUCACCUGGCUAUCAGAGACCAAGGACACCAACUUAUGGGACAUCAACUUCUGGUGUUUCCCCUGUAGCCUUUCAGAGACCUAAAACCCCAACCCGAGUGGCUCCAAAGUCAAAGUCUGGCUACCGUGGAUUGACUCCGGCUGAAUAUACUGCUUAUGGCGGAAUAAGAACUUACUCUCCAGCAUUCGGUAUAUCUGGUUCUAAGACUCAAACUGAAGAGGAGGUUAAAGCUACAAAAGAAGAAUCAGCAGAAUGUAAGACAACGAGCCAAGAACAAUCUGUGAAGACGCCCGAGGUGUCUAAACCCAAAGAAACCCCCAAAGACAUAGACAAACCCCAUGUGGGAGAUAAAAAGGAUGCCAUCGUCCCUUCAAUCCCUACUAUUAUUGUUUCACAAGCAUCUGACACCUCAGGAACAACUUUAACACAAGAGACGAGCACGGUAUCCAGUCAGGUUGCAGCAAAACAAGUAAAAACGGUGAUUAAAGAAACACCAAAGGCGAAACCUCCAACAGCAGAGGGGAAAACUCCUGAGAAACAGAAGGCGGAAGUUCAGGAAGUCGGCAAAUCAAAGACGAAACCUCCAGAAGUCAAACAUCCUCCGCCCAAAAGUGAUGUCCAGGAUCCUCUAAAGGCAGUAAGAAAGCUUUUAGGCAAAGAUAAAGUCCAGACAUCUGGAACUGAGACAAAAGCUGCCGUUUCAGAUCGAAAAGAGCCGGCAAAACCUGUAGCCGCCAUCGAGACUAAAGUCGAAGUAUCCAAGCGAAGCACCGCAGCGCCUGCUCUUCCUGUUACGACGUCUGCAGUUAAGUCAACAGGAAGUGAAGACAAAGAUAAGAAAGCAGAAUCAGCGUCAGCAGUUAAAUCCGCACCUGAGAAAAAGGGAGGCGAUGAACCCCUCCCGGCCGAGCCCCUUCUUAAGGUCAUACAGAAGCCAAAGGGGAUGAAAUCAAAAGUGAGCGGUUGGGGCCGACUCAAGAAGCACAUGGUGGUGGAGCAGGAGGAGCCCAAAUUUCCAGAGCUAGGCUCCCAGAAGGAGGCUGAUGGGCCCAAGCAGAGCGAGGUGAAAAAGGUCGAGGAGAAGGUCACCGAUGGGUCCGGCAGUCAGGACGGGAACCAAACCAAAGACGGUCCCGUAGCAACAAAGAUGUGGGAAGCAGUCCUCUUCCAAAUGUUUUCCACCAAGGAGAACAUCAUGCACCAGAUCGAGCUGAACAAAAGCGAGGAGGAGAAGUUGGAAGGGCAAAAGGAGUCGAAAGAGAUACCUUCCUUUGCACACCGGCUGCCUGUGCUGCUUUUUAGUCCAAAGUUUGACGCCAAAAGGCUCAAAGAGGCGGCGUCGAGGCCGGUGACGAAGAUUUCAACUGUUUUUGAAAUGGCUCUGAUUGGGCGCAAAGGUAAAGAAGAGGAACCAAAAGACUUUAAUAGAACAGCGAGGGGGUUCGCCGCUACUUAA